AUGGAGAAUCAGAUGACACAACUAGCCCAACAAAUAAGCCACCUCUCUAAACCUUCAGGCCAACUUCCUGGGCAAACUGAACCAAAUCCUAAGGGGCAUAUCAAUGCCAUUUCAUUAAGGAGCGGUAAAGAACUGCCAGAGCCUACAAGGAGGGUAACUGAGCAAAAGAACACUGCAAAAGAGGUUAUAGAGUUGAGUGAGGAAGUUCAAGGGAAGACGGGUUUGGAAGAGGAAGCUAAGGAGACUGAGAAAAAGGAACCUAUUGUCACACCUAUUGCACCAUACAAGCCACCUGUUCCAUUCCCUCAAAGAUUGGCACAAGCAAAGCUAGAAAGAAAACAAGCUUCCAAAGAAGCUAGGAGACCAGGCAGUUAUUCUAUUCCUGUUAAGCUUGGUGAUAUUGAGAUCAAGAAUGCCUUAUGUGAUCUUGGGGCAAGUGUCAGUCUCAUGCCCUUGUCAAUCUGCAAGAAGCUCAAUAUGGGUGAAUUGAAACCCACACGCAUCUCCUUACAACUAGCAGAUAGAACAGUCAAGUUCCCCCUUGGCAUCCUUGAAGAUGUUCCUCUUAGAGUCGGAAAAUUCUUAAUUCCAUCGGAUUUUGUUGUUAUGGAAAUGAAGAAGAUGCAAACGUUCCCAUUAUUCUUGGGAGACCCUUUUUGGCCACUGCUGAAGCCAUAA